AUGUUUGGGAGCAAGAAGGAAAAGGAUUCAGAGGCUGACAGCACCACCCCGCGCACCGAGAGCCCUGCUCCAGCGUCGCCUACUCCGGCUACCACACCUGCAGCAAUCAAGACCGACGAUCUCACGAGCUCCAAAACCGAAAGUCCUGCGCGGAGGUCGGAUGAGUCGCCCACUUCGACCGGCGACACAAAGAAACGGCGAAGCAGUGGCACUGCAAAAGCCAAAGAGAUCUUCACUCAAGCCAAGAAUUCGUUAAUACACGGCGACAGAGAGGGUCCGCAGACCCCCAUGCAGAAACUCAGCAAGAUAGAUGCUGCUCUAAGCGUGCCGCAAGGCGCCAACAACAACUCGGCCGGCGAGUCGCAACCGACUCCUAACUCGUCCUUCAAAGUCGGUGUCACCGAGGACAAGAACAAGAAAUGUCGACGGACCAUGGAGGAUACUCAUUCAUAUCUCUACAAUUUUCUCGGUACUCCUGCGCCUGUACUCCCUUCAGACAGUUCACUCAAGAGCGGACGGUCCAACGAAGAGAAGCCCCUUUCCCAGGUGGUUUCGGAUACCGCGCAGCAUGUAGUGGAGACGGACAAUGGCUAUUUUGCCAUCUUUGACGGACAUGCCGGCACUUUUGCGGCCGAGUGGUGUGGAAAGAAGCUUCAUGUUCUCCUUGAGGAUCUCAUGCGGAAGAAUCCCAACACCCCUGUACCCGAAUUACUGGACCAGACCUUCACCUCGGCUGAUAACCAACUGGAGAAGCUACCUCUUAAGAACAGUGGAUGUACCGCCAUCUGCGCGGUGCUCCGAUGGGAAGACCGAGUCCCGACCUCUCAUUCAGCAACCGGGUCACAGGCGAUCGCUGCUUUGGCAGCCCAGGCGGCGAAAGAAGCCGAGGAGUCGGAGGCCAAGGAUGGCAAAGAAAGCGCUCCUCGGAGUAAUUCGACAGUCGAAGCCGCCGCGCAUGCUAUUCAGGAAGCAAAGCAGAAGGCGACCAGACAGCGGGUGCUCUAUACAGCCAACGUAGGCGACGCCCGAAUUGUACUUUGCCGCAACGGCAAGGCUCUGCGCUUAUCAUAUGACCACAAGGGUAUGGACGAGAACGAGGGCCGCAGAAUAUCGAAAGCUGGUGGUCUGAUUCUGAACAAUCGUGUUAACGGCGUGCUGGCUGUGACCCGUGCUCUGGGCGACUCCUAUCUCAAGGAUUUGGUGACGGGCCACCCAUAUACAACCGAGACAGUGAUACAGCCCGAUCAGGACGAGUUUCUGAUCCUAGCUUGCGACGGACUCUGGGACGUGUGUUCCGACCAGGAGGCUGUAGACCUCGUAAGAAAUGUGCAGGACCCGCAAGAAGCUUCGAAAAUGCUGGUUGACCACGCGCUGUCACGCUUUUCUACAGACAAUCUGUCGGUCAUGCUUGUUCGGUUUGAUCCGAAGAAGUUGCAGAACAACACCACAACCGACAUCGGUGUCGAAACAGAAAACAGCCAUGAACAGGGCGCUAUCAGUGAGGUUGAGAUGUUGGUGAGCGAGGCGCGGAGAAAUUCAACUACCGCGGGCGAGGCCGCGUUAGAAGAUUCGACAGACGAGCUCAAAGACAUCCAAGAGCAUGAAGAGGAGCAGGAGCCAGGCCCUGAGCUGACCCCGGAGGGCAAAGAGGAGGCUGACAGGAUCCUGGCUGAAAAGUCCAAACUCACCACGACCGAGCGCGUGAAAGAGACUCCGGACAAGGUUGACGAGAAGACGAAUAGCUAG